GUAACAAGAGGAGCCAGGAUCUCAGUCUCCAUGUGGUCGUCUACACUCAUCGUAUUUUUCCUGUCGAUCAGGCUAACUAACACUGAGAAUUCAUGUCCAGAAUUAAAAGUUGUUGGACUUGGAGACUCUGACAAGUUGACCAUACUCAGAGGAUGUCCGGGAUUCCCAGGAUCUCCUGGUCCUAAAGGAGAUACUGGUACAUCAGGGGAUAAAGGGCAAAUAGGAGCUGCGGGGAAGUCUGGGCCUCAAGGUGAAAAAGGGCAUCAUGGGGAGAAAGGAAAUCAGGGGGAGAAAGGAGAGAGAGGAGAAUUUGUCCCUGGACCUGACUCAAUAUACGCUGCCAGGAACUGUAAAGAGCUGCUGGACCAGGGAAUAGUACUUAGUGACUGGUACACUAUAUACCCGGAUGGAAAAACACCCUUGAAGGUGCUGUGUGACAUGCAUACUGAUGAAGGAGGUUGGAUUGUUUUCCAGAGACGUUGGGACGGAUCAGUAGAUUUUUUCCGUGAUUGGAAAUCAUAUAAGACCGGAUUUGGCAGCCGCCUGAACGAGUUUUGGCUGGGCAACGAUAAUCUUCACAUGAUAACUUCAGCAGGCAAAUGGCAGCUACGAGUUGAUCUACAGGAUGUUGAAAACACAAAGUAUUUUGCUAAAUACGAUUCCUUUCAAGUUUUGGGAGAGUCUGAGAAGUACAAGUUGUUACUUGGAGCUUUCACGGGCGGUAACGCAGGAGAUUCAUUAAUAUCCCAUCGCGACAUGAAGUUCACCACCAAAGACCAAGAUAAUGAUAUUUACUCUUCAAAUUGUGCAGAAUUGUUCAAGGGAGGCUGGUGGUAUGAUAAAUGUCACUUUGCAAACCUGAAUGGUCUGUAUCUGUUGGGGCAGCAUGCAACCAGUGCAAUUGGCAUCAACUGGUAUUAUGGCAAGGGCUACUACUACUCCUACAAGUACUCUGAAAUGAAGAUCAGACCAUUGUAAUGUCAUGGGUGGCAGGCUUCAUAUUCUCUACCCACUAAAAGUUAAUACAAACAACUGAGCACGUGUCCAGUUAGACUUCACUAGGUAGUCUGAAUGGCAUUGUAUAGCAAGAGGGACCUUUUGUCUUGUCCCACUAAGAGUAGGAAUUAGAUAUAGAGCUAUAGAGUAAAAAGCAAUAUUCCUGUAGCACACGGCAGACCCAGGUAAGUAGCCAAACUGUUUAAGGGACAAUAUAGGCACCCAGAUCACUUAAUCUCAUUGAAGUGGAUGGGUGCACUGUUCC